UUUCGAAAAAAUGAUGAAAUGAAAGCUAUGGAUGUUUUGCCAGUUUUAAAGGAAAAAGUUGCGUACCUUUCAGGUGGUAGAGAUAAACGUGGAGGUCCCAUUUUAACUUUUCCAGCCCGCAGCAACCAUGACAGAAUACGACAGGAGGAUCUCAGGAGACUCAUUUCAUAUCUAGCCUGUAUUCCCAGUGAGGAGGUCUGCAAGCGAGGCUUCACGGUGAUUGUGGACAUGCGUGGGUCCAAGUGGGACUCCAUCAAGCCCCUGCUGAAGAUCCUGCAGGAGUCCUUCCCCUGCUGCAUCCACGUGGCACUGAUAAUCAAGCCAGACAACUUCUGGCAGAAACAGAGGACUAAUUUUGGCAGUUCUAAAUUUGAAUUUGAGACAAAUAUGGUCUCUUUAGAAGGCCUUACCAAAGUAGUUGAUCCUUCUCAGCUCACUCCCGAGUUUGAUGGCUGCCUAGAAUACAACCACGAAGAAUGGAUUGAAAUCAGAGUUGCUUUUGAAGACUACAUCAGCAAUGCAACCCACAUGCUCUCCCGGCUGGAGGAACUUCAGGACAUCCUUGCUAAGAAGGAACUGCCUCAGGAUUUAGAGGGGGCUCGGAAUAUGAUCGAGGAACAUUCCCAACUAAAAAAGAAGGUGAUUAAGGCCCCCAUUGAGGACCUGGAUUUAGAGGGACAGAAGCUGCUUCAGAGGAUUCAGAGCAGUGACAGCUUUCCCAAAAAGAACUCGGGGUCAGGCAAUGCAGACCUGCAGAACCUCUUGCCUAAGGUGUCCACCAUGCUAGACAGGCUGCACUCGACGCGGCAGCAUCUGCACCAAAUGUGGCAUGUGAGGAAGCUGAAGCUGGACCAGUGCUUUCAGCUGAGGCUGUUUGAACAGGAUGCUGAGAAGAUGUUUGACUGGAUCACACACAACAAGGGCCUGUUUCUAAACAGCUACACGGAGAUUGGGACCAGCCACCCUCAUGCAAUGGAGCUUCAGACACAGCACAAUCACUUUGCUAUGAACUGCAUGAACGUGUAUGUAAAUAUAAACCGCAUCAUGUCGGUGGCCAACCGCUUGGUGGAGUCUGGCCACUACGCCUCUCAGCAGAUCCGGCAGAUCGCGAGUCAGCUGGAGCAGGAGUGGAAGGCGUUCGCCGCAGCCCUGGAUGAGCGCAGCACCUUGUUGGACAUGUCUUCAAUCUUCCACCAGAAGGCUGAAAAGUAUAUGAGCAAUGUGGAUUCGUGGUGUAAAGCCUGCGGUGAAGUGGAUCUUCCUUCAGAGCUGCAGGAUCUAGAAGAUGCCAUUCACCACCACCAGGGAAUAUAUGAACAUAUCACGCUUGCUUAUUCUGAGGUGAGCCAAGAUGGUAAGUCGCUCCUUGACAAGCUCCAGCGGCCCUUGACUCCGGGCAGCUCUGAUUCCCUGACGGCCUCUGCCAACUACUCCAAGGCUGUGCACCACGUUCUGGAUGUCAUCCACGAGGUGCUGCACCACCAGCGGCAGCUUGAGAACAUCUGGCAGCACCGCAAGGUCCGGCUCCACCAGAGGCUGCAGCUGUGUGUUUUCCAGCAGGACGUUCAGCAGGUACUGGACUGGAUUGAGAACCAUGGAGAAGCAUUUCUGAGCAAACAUACAGGUGUGGGGAAAUCUCUUCAUCGGGCCAGAGCUUUGCAGAAACGUCAUGAAGAUUUUGAAGAAGUGGCACAGAACACAUACACCAAUGCAGAUAAGUUACUAGAAGCAGCAGAACAACUGGCUCAGACUGGGGAGUGUGACCCAGAAGAGAUUUAUCAGGCUGCCCAUCAGCUUGAAGAUCGGAUACAAGAUUUCGUCCGGCGUGUUGAGCAACGAAAGAUCUUGCUGGACAUGUCAGUGUCCUUUCACACUCAUGUGAAAGAGCUGUGGACAUGGCUGGAGGAGCUGCAGAAGGAGCUGCUGGACGACGUGUAUGCCGAGUCGGUGGAGGCCGUGCAGGACCUGAUCAAGCGCUUCGGCCAGCAGCAGCAGACCACCCUGCAGGUGACCGUCAACGUCAUCAAGGAAGGGGAGGACCUCAUCCAGCAGCUGAGGGACUCGGCCAUUUCCAGUAAUAAGACCCCCCACAACAGCUCCAUCAACCACAUUGAGACGGUGCUGCAGCAGCUGGACGAGGCGCAGUCACAGAUGGAGGAGCUCUUCCAGGAGCGCAAGAUCAAGCUCGAGCUCUUCUUGCAGCUGCGCAUCUUCGAGAGGGAUGCCAUUGACAUCAUCUCAGAUCUUGAGUCCUGGAAUGAUGAGCUUUCUCAGCAAAUGAAUGACUUCGACACAGAGGAUCUCACCAUCGCAGAGCAGCGCCUCCAACACCAUGCAGACAAAGCCUUGACCAUGAACAACUUGACUUUCGAUGUCAUCCACCAGGGGCAGGAUCUUCUGCAGUACGUCAAUGAGGUCCAGGCCUCUGGCGUGGAGCUGCUUUGUGAUAGAGACGUAGAUAUGGCAACUCGGGUCCAGGACCUGCUAGAGUUUCUUCAUGAAAAACAGCAGGAAUUGGAUUUAGCGGCAGAACAGCAUCGGAAGCACCUGGAACAGUGUGUGCAGCUGCGCCACCUGCAGGCAGAAGUGAAGCAGGUGCUGGGUUGGAUCCGCAAUGGAGAGUCCAUGUUAAAUGCUGGGCUUAUCACAGCCAGCUCGUUACAAGAAGCCGAACAGCUCCAGAGAGAGCAUGAGCAAUUCCAGCAUGCCAUCGAGAAAACACACCAGAGCGCACUGCAGGUGCAGCAGAAGGCGGAAGCCAUGCUGCAGGCCAAUCACUAUGACAUGGACAUGAUCCGAGACUGUGCUGAGAAGGUGGCUUCGCAUUGGCAGCAGCUCAUGCUCAAGAUGGAAGACCGCCUCAAGCUCGUCAACGCCUCCGUCGCCUUCUACAAAACUUCAGAACAGGUCUGCAGCGUCCUUGAGAGCCUGGAGCAAGAAUACAAAAGAGAAGAAGACUGGUGUGGUGGAGCUGACAAGUUGGGCCCCAACUCUGAGACAGACCAUGUCACCCCGAUGAUCAGCAAACACCUGGAGCAGAAGGAAGCAUUCCUGAAGGCUUGCACACUUGCUCGGAGGAAUGCAGACGUCUUCCUAAAGUACCUGCAUAGGAACAGUGUGAACAUGCCUGGAAUGGUGACGCACAUCAAAGCUCCCGAACAGCAAGUGAAAAGAAAAUGUGCAACUCACAAAAGCAACCUAUUUUUCUACGUGAACAAGUCUUCAUUGCCAGCAAGUUUUUUGCAUUGA